AUGAAGUUCUGGACGCUGAUACUCAUGGCUUCCUUCUGUAUGACUCUGUCAGUGCUGGGAGCACUGAAGAGAAGAUACUCCGAAGCUGAAAUGACCAUUGAGGAGUGCAGGGGAGAGGCAGACGUCCUGCAGUGCACCAAGGUGUGCUCGAAAACCUUCAAGUGCAUGGAAGUGAACCACACGUGCUGCUGGACAUACUGUGGAAACAUCUGCUGGGAGAAUUAAUGAGUUGGGAGAUAUGU